AUGACAGCCGAAUCCUCCUCUCACCAACUGGUGGGGUACGUCACUAAGAUGUACCCUACAUUCGGAUAUAUUAAUAAUGAAAUUUUCUUCCAGAGAAAGUGUGUAAUUGGUCCUAUGGUUGAGGUAGGAGAUAAUGUUGCUGCAAGCGCAGUUUAUCAACCUCACAUGCCUAUAAAGUGGAGUGCAGAAAAAGUCUGGCGAGUUGAGGAACGUCGAGGCAAAUCUAGAGAUAAAGCAGAAGAAAGCAGCUACUGGAAGAGUCAGUCCCCGCGUAAACACUCUCCACGUGAUAACUACACUAAACCAGCAUCACGUGAACGAGAUGUUCAUCCAUCCAGCGGCGAUCAGCGACGAGUAGAUAAGAAGCGUUCUCAUGUUCUUAACAGAGAUGACCACUCAAUCAAAAAAUCUCCGAAUCGUGAUCGAAGAAGAACUCCUGUAGAUUCUGUCUCAACGCGACACUCCUCUCCCACGACUGACUUGUAUUGUAGGACUCCGAUCAAUCCCAAACGUAUGCUGAAUGUGAAAGAGUACUUGUUCUCAGACUUACAAAGACGCUUCCCUAAUGUUCUCCCGCCAGUUGACUUGUAUCGAGUUAGAUGCAAUUGGCAAGAAUCAUUCCCAUUACUGCGACCUUUUCAGCCUCAAUACCUUACAACUUUCCAGAUAAUUAAAGAACCUGAAGACGCUUGUGACGAUGGGCAUCAUUCUUACAACAAUGAUAGUGGUUUUGCUGCGUAUGUCUUACUUUUGUCACUCCCGGCAAUGGCAGAACUAAUGGAGAAGAUAGUUGUCCGAGCAGAAUCGCCUAGUCGUGUACGCGGCUCACUACGUAAGUACAUCAAGAUACUAGCUGCUGGAAAGGUUGAUGAAAGACUCAAGGCUAUUGGAGGUUCGUGGAGUCGUGAUUUAGACGGGCCAGACCCAGCUUCAAAUCCUCAAACUCUUGUCAACACGGCUAUUCGUAAUUGUAAACAACUUAUUGGUCUCGAUUUAUCGUAUUGCACACAGUGGGAACUGAUAAAUGCCAGAAAAAGCUUCAUACUGAACUUAACUUAG